AUGGGUGAAACCCCCCCUCCUGGUCUGCUGCGCUUAAAGGAGGUGUGGGAGAGGGACAAGGCCGCUAUCUGGAUGCUACAUCCCGACAUAUACCGCGCCGCCGGCCAGAGGCACCACUGGGGGUCAAACCUCUCCCUCUGGGUUGUCCGCCCCAUCUUUCACCCUCGACUGGGAUGUGAUAUCCUGACAAAGAAAACCAUAUCUAAAGCAUCAGCGCGGCUGCUUGCUGGGCGCGCCGGCCGCUCCAGCCCAAGGACCUGUCAUCGAAUGUACACUAAGAAGGAUUUUUACGAGAUCUUUCUUCCUUCAACACCACCCGCUAUUCUCAAAAGUGACCUGGCAGAAAUGGUGCUGCUACUCAAAGCUCUCGGCUUUCACGAUGUCGUAAACUUCGACUUUGUUGACCCUCCCCAUCCGGAACCCAUCUUCCGUGCGUUUGAGGAUCUCUUUUGGAUGGGCUUUGUUGACGAGGAUGGCUCAAUUACGAUCAAAGGCAAGAUGGCCGCAAAACUACCAUUCCACCCGGCUUGGUAUAACACUUUUUCCGAGGCGUUGAGCUUAGGAUGCAGUGACGAGAUGGUCACAAUCGCUGCGACAGAGAGCACCCAACAGCCGAUGUUUCUUCCCCCACAGCCUUUUCGUUAUACGAGGGACCUGGCUCACCGACGCUUCCACUGUCCAGUGUCGGAUCAGAUGAGUCUAAUGAAUGCAUUUCAUUCUUACACCAGAGCCAAAAGUCGGUUCCAGACUCUUAUGGGUAAGGCCGCUGCUGAUAAGGCUGUGGACGAAUGGUGUGCGCACGGAUUUCUCAGCCGAGAUGUUCUGGAGGAGGCGAUCAGACUACGGAAGCAAUUGAAAGAAUUCUUCAAGAGCCUUUUCGAUCAGGAACCUACCGUUUCGGACUUCCUGAGUUCCGAAUACGACGUCAACAUCGGCGAAGCACUGGCUCGCUCGUUCUUUCACCGCUCCGCCAUCCGUGACCCGGGUGGCUCAAGCUGGUACAGGGCUGUCCAUCCUCAUAGCAGCCUCGUUGGAAGUAGCCAUAAAUGGGUCGUCUAUGGUGGUUUUUCUUACAGCGCCUAUCAACACCUGUCUUCAGUCACAGCUGUUGAUCCGGAAGUAUGCUAG